AUGUGCCGACGAACCGGCCGUACGUCUUCAUACGAUAAUGACGAGCGCACGAGUCUGCUGCCGACGUCUGAAGAACAGAGAGAAGCAAUGGGCUUUGUCACGUCGUUGAGGGGACACCUCCAUGCGGAGGGGUCCUCAUCAGCAGACCCCGCCAACGGGGAUAUAGCUGCAUCGGAAGCACCUCGGGAUGUUGAGAUGGCCGGGAAGACGGACAACACUAUUGAAGAUCACGACCAUGUCAAAAAAUUCGAUACCUCCGAGCCUCUUGAGUCGGGUGUCGGCACUAUUCAAGCUGCUCAGACAUUAUGGGGGAAGAAGGGAAGAUGGCUAGUUAUUGUCGGCGAAAUCGACAACACCACUGUGUACAUCUACAACAACUAUGCGACAUCCUCCUUUUCAGCUCUUUCCAAGCUCGCAACCCUAACCACCGCCAGCGGCAUCGUCUUCGCAGUCAUCAAACCGCCAGUCGCCAAGCUUUCCAACGUUAUUGGACGAGGAGAAACCUACAUCAUGAGUAUAUCCUUCUACGUCCUGGGCUACAUCCUCAUGGCAACGUCCACAAAUUUCAACGCCUAUGCUGCAGGCGUUGUUUUCUACGUCGUCGGCCAGUCAGGCACAAACAUCAUGAACGACAUCGUGAUUGCCGAUAUCACUACGGCUCGCUGGCGUGGCUUCGCUCUCAGCUUCUCCUUCUUCCCAUUUCUCAUUACGCCCUGGGCCGCUGCCUUCAUUGUCGACGAUGUCGUCAAGCCCGGUGGUAUCGGCUGGCGAUGGGGGAUCGGCAUGUUCGCCAUUCUCAUGCCCAUCGGCGCCGCGUUCAUCAUCUCGACUCUGCUUUACUACCAAAAGAAGGCCAAGGACAUGGGUCUCACCCCGAGACAGAAGACAACGCUCUACAGCUUUUGUUCUCAGAUCGACCUAGGCGGCUCAGCCCUUCUCUGCGCGGGUUUCUCAUUGGUCUUGAUACCGCUGACGUUAGCGGCAUCAACACCGAGCAGAUGGGGAACGGCAUACAUCAUCGUCUUGAUCGUGAUUGGCGUCAUGCUCCUCGCUGCACUACCAUUCUACGAGCAGCAUCUAGCUCGCAACCCAAUCAUGCCCACGCGAUACUUCCGCAACAAGACAAUCGUUCUUUGCCUUUUGCUCAUCGCGAGUGACUCGGUUGGGUUUGCCUGCACGCACACGUAUCUCUACUCCUGGUCUACGGUAGCCCGCGGCUUCGCCGCCCGAGACGCCACAUUCUUCCAGUACACCAAUGGUGUGAUGCAGUGUGUGAUGGGAAUCAUCGCCGGCUUGGCAAUGGCAUACACUCGCCGAUACAAGUGGCUGCUUAUCGGCGGCGCAAUCAUCCGUCUCAUCGGCUAUGGUAUCAUGCUUCGCCUUCGCGGGGCUGACAACUCCGUGGCCGAACUCUUCAUUGUGCAAAUGAUUCAGGGUUUAGGUUCUGGUAUCAUGCAACUGUCAAUUCUUGUACCUGCGCAGGUCGUCGUGCCUCACCGCGAGAUGCCCCAGAUUACUGCAUUGGUCAUUUGCUGUUCGGUUAUUGGAGGAAGUAUCGGGGGUUGCAUAGCUGGUGGCAUCUACACCAACACAUUCAAGCCGAUGCUGUACAAAUAUCUCGGCGCCAGCGCUUCGCCGGAGCUUGUUGACUCGUUGUUCGACUCCAUUGUCGGCACCGCGCCUGCAUGGGGUACUCCGGAAAGAAACGCGAUCAACCAUGCGUUCACGGAUGUCAUGAAAUUCAUGGUCUACACCGCAGUUGGAGCUUCAGCUCCAGGGGUUAUUCUGGCUUGGUUCCUGCCAGACUUUGUGCUACCUGACCGGAACAACAUGGUUGAGGAGUGA